AGAGUAAAUUUCCAGGUGGGGUACGUCCGUAUGAAUCGUCUCGUUCCCACCUUCGACCACCACCUUGGACUACCACCGGAGACUGGGCAUAUAUAAGUACCGUGAGACAGGACAUCUCUAGAAUUGCAUCUAAUCGCAGCUAAUACGUUCAGCAGCCAUGAAACUCGCAGUGUUCUGUUUGCUCGCCUUCGCGGCGGUCACCUACGUGGCUGCCCGUCCCGAAGAGAAGAAAUACACGAACAAAUUCGACAACAUCAACGUGGACCAGAUCCUGAACAACGAUCGACUGUUGCACAACUACUUCAAAUGCUUGAUGGACGAGGGAAGGUGCACACCGGAGGGCACCGAGCUCAAACAGAUCCUGCCCGACGCUCUGGCCACCGAGUGCAGCAAAUGUUCGCAGAGGCAAAUGGAGGUGACGAAGAAAGUGGUGAAGUUCCUCGUGGACAACAAACCAGAACUCUGGACCAAGCUGGCGGAUAAAUACGAUCCCGACAGGAAGUACAGGACCAAAUUCGAGCCGGAAGCGAAGAAGCACGGCAUCAAUGUGAGGUGCAUUUGCCUGUUGACGAUUCCAUCGUUUUUCGGGCGUUCGGGUCGCAGUAUGCUAAGAGCGUUGGUUUUGGGAUACGUAAUCGCUGGACCGUUGUUUAAUAUGGUGUACAAUGCGAAAGAAGUAGUGAGAACGUUCGCUUGCACUUCACAAUUGACGUACAAUCUCACCAAGACACGAUUCGAUUUGAUGUUCAAACCGUUUCAACAGGCUGUUCUCGCCAUGAAGACGAAUGGAGAAGAAAUAAAGGAUACGCUGUCCUCGGUGAGAGACCUGAUGAGUCCAAUCGUGGAGGAAAUCGAAGGAGAAAACGAGAUGAUGCGAUUGAAGGAGGAAAACGAUUACCUGGACGAAUUGCAGGGCGACACGAAAAGGAGCAAGGAAAUCGAAGAGAAGCACGAGAAGAAACUGGAGGAAGCAAAAUCGGAGGCAGACGUGUACGAGGCGAAGUACAAGAAGAAGAUCGAAGCUCGUUGCGAGGAACAGCUCAGUCGAGGCGCGGACAGGUGCAGGGACAUGUUCAGCACCGCUUACAACAAUUGUUACGCAAAAGUAACCGUGUUCAUUGGCUGGCUCCUGUGUUGGCCGAUGAAAUUGACUUUCGUUUGCAAUCUGGCCCAAGCAUUGGGCGGAUCCAGCGUCUGUGAUCCUGCAGGAAAAGUCGACAAUGGUAUCGGUAAAGGAUACGCCGCCCUGAAGAGUACCAGAGACGAGUUCAGCAGGAGUCUGAAGGACGCGAGGCUUCAGUACAAAUUAAAACGACCCCCCGUGAUCAUGGAUCUCAAGGAUUCCGCCUACGCGGCCAAGAUGGUGAUCCGCGAGUUCACCGUACGAAGACAGAUCUUCGAGUCCGUGAUGGUCGUAGUGAAAAGAUGCCUGUCGUUCGUGUUCCUGAAGAUCAUUCUGAACGCUCAGAGCUACCACGACAAAUACCUGGACGAAAUCGAGCACGACAACGUCUACGUGACGCCGUACUUCCGGCGGAUCGACGCCAGGAGGAAGGCUCGGGGCAGCUCGACGUUGUUGCCAUUGAAGAAAAUCGAACGGAAGAAGUUCGUCGAUCCGUACAGUUUGAAACCAGGGAAGGCUGAGGGGCUGCAAACCGCGGGACAAAUGAGCAAGUUGUUCCUCGAGAUAAUCACGGCCACCAUUUUUAUCAUUUUGGACAGUUUCUUUUACGAGGCUUUGGAUCUCAUCAGAAGACACGCUCAUAUAGAAUACACGCAGGAGGGUCACCACGACUUGUCGCUGGAAAUCCGCGGGACAGGAGUGAUAGCGUCGUUGAUCAGAAGCGCCGUGCACGGCUUCAACGUGAAAAAGCACGUGAAGACCGUCACCUCGAACAGAGCUUGUCUACCUAGACCGAUAAAACUGCCCGGUUACGCGCUACUUCAGAUUUACGGUACGUUCCUCGGGAUCUUCUUGCUGACCGUCGCGUCCGUUUACACGCAGAGGACGCGUCGCGGCAUCUGCUCGUUCUUCUAUCGAAAGAGGGAGAAGAGACGCGUCCUGUAUCUCUACAACGAGAGUUUACGACGGAGGAUCGGUUUCGCGAAGUUCAUGAGAGCGAAGGUGAAGAGUCUGGUGAGGACGCGACGUUUGGAACAUCAGGUCGACUUCUGGAUGUCUCUGCGGCUGAAAUGGCCGCGACGAUUCGGCUGGCUGAAGUUUUUCGCCUGCGCGAGAGAGAAGUGUCUGAUCUGCGGCGAAGUGGAACCCAGAAAAGGACCUAAUCAUAGACGAUGCAACACGCCAGGUUGCCCGUUCGUCCACUGCAGCGAGUGUUGGAGGGACGUUGGGAAAAUCUGUUACGCUUGCGCCGAUUUACCGGAAACCGACUCCGAAGAAUACGACACGCAACGCACCACGAUGGAGGAGUAUAAAACAUCCAUGGUAACGAGCUCGACGUUCAGUGAUCGAAAAAAGCCAGUUCCGAAACUCAGCGGCAGGAUGAAGAGUGUCAUGAUUGCUUUGGUACCUACGAUCUGCCUGUUCUCGGUGGUUGUAUGCGUCGAGGACAAGUACACGACGAAAUACGACAACGUCGACAUCGAUACGGUGAUCCAGAGCGAAAGACUCCUCAAUGGAUACGUGAACUGUCUGCUGGAUCACGGUGCUUGCACCCCCGACGCUGCUGAACUUAAAAAAAAUCUUCCCGACGCCUUGGAGCACGAUUGUUCGGCCUGUAGUGAGAAGCAAAAGGAAAUCGCUGACAAGAUCUCCCACUAUUUGAUCGAUCACAGAUCGGAAGAUUGGAGCCUCCUCGAGGCAAAGUACGAUUCAACGGGAACUUACCGGCAUCAGUAUCUCGAGAAAGAAGCAAAAGAAAAAGCAAUAGACUAAAGCUCGAUACCUGCG